AUGGAGCCCUCAGCCAACCCAGGUGCCCAGACUGGGACCCCCACUGGUGGCGGAGAACUGUCACCGUCACAGGUGCCUCCCGACUAUGAAGACGAGUUCCUGAGCUAUCUGUGGCGCGAUUAUCUGUACCCGAAGCAGUAUGAGUGGGUCCUCAUCGCUGCCUAUGUGGCUGUGUUCCUUGUGGCCCUGGUGGGCAACACGCUGGUCUGCCUGGCCGUGUGGAGGAACCACCACAUGAGGACGGUCACCAACUACUUCAUCGUCAACCUGUCCCUGGCUGACGUGCUGGUGACAACCAUCUGCCUUCCAGCCAGCCUGCUGGUGGACAUCACCGAGUCCUGGCUCUUUGGUCAUGCCCUCUGCAAGGUCAUCCCCUAUCUACAGGCCGUGUCCGUGUCAGUGGCAGUGCUGACUCUCAGCUUCAUCGCCCUGGACCGUUGGUAUGCCAUCUGCCGCCCACUGUUGUUCAAGAGCACCGCCCGGCGCGCCCGGGGCUCCGUCCUGGGGAUCUGGGCUGUGUCGCUGGCCGUCACGGUGCCCCAGGCUGCCGUCAUGGAAUGCAGUAGCGUGCUGCCUGAGCUAGCUAACCGCACCCGGCUCUUCUCCGUCUGUGAUGAACACUGGCCAGAUGACCUCUAUCCCAAGAUCUACCACAGUUGCUUCUUCAUUGUCACCUACCUGGCCCCACUGGGCCUCAUGGCCAUGGCCUAUUUCCAGAUCUUCCGCAAGCUCUGGGGCCACCAGAUCCCUGGCACCACGUUGGCCCUGGUGAGGAACUGGAAGCGCCCCUCAGACCAGUCGGAUGACCAGGGGCCGGGCCUGAGCGCAGAGCCCCCGCCCCGGGCCCGGGCCUUCCUGGCUGAGGUGAAGCAGAUGCGCGCGCGGAGGAAGACGGCCAAGAUGCUGAUGGUGGUGCUGCUGGUCUUUGCCCUCUGCUACCUGCCCAUCAGUGUCCUAAACGUCCUCAAGAGGGUGUUCGGGAUGUUCCACCAAGCCAGCGACCGAGAAGCCGUCUAUGCCUGCUUCACCUUCUCCCACUGGCUGGUGUAUGCCAACAGCGCCGUCAACCCCAUCAUCUACAACUUCCUCAGUGGCAAAUUCCGGGAGCAGUUUAAGGCCGCCUUCUCCUGCUGCCUGCCUGGCCUGGGUCCCUGCAGCUCUCCGAAAGCCCCCAGCCCCCGCUCCUCUGCCAGCCACAAGUCCUGGUCCUUGCACAGCCGGUGCUCCGUCUCCAAAGUCCCUGAGCACGUGGUGCUCACCACUGUCACCACAGUGCUGCCCUGAGCAAGGGCCUCACCUCCUCAUGGAGACUGCUGGAUGCAGUGGGAGGCCAGGGCUCCAGACCUGGUUUCCUGCCUGUUUAACUCCGGGCAAGUGACUUCCCUUCUCUGCGCCCAAUCUCCUAAGCAGAAUUGAUGGGAGGAUUAAGCACGCUGGAGAAAGCGGAAAGCUCUUUGUAGAUUGUGAAGUGUUGUGGACGGGAUUAUCACAUUCCUCUCUCGGCUGUGCCCCCCAGUAUCACCCAUCCCAUCAUACUUCCGCAGCUUGGCCUUCCUCCCAAAGAUCCCCCUCCCACCCAAUUACAGGCCUUCCCUGGAAUCUGCUGUAAGGGUCUCGGCGGGCAGUUCCAUCUGGCCCAGCGACUCCAGCGAAAGCCCAGCUGCUCUGAGGCCCACGUGAACUAAUCUGGGUUCAGCCUUUCCCUGGUCAGAACACAGCCCCAGCCUCACCAGGUGCCGGGUGCACCACAGACUGGACCCUGUUGGC